UUAAAUCUACCUACUUUAUUUAUUUAUUUAUUUUUUGGCACCAGGGAUCAAACUCAGGACCUUGUAUUUGCGAGGCAGGCGGCAGAGCCACUGAGCUAAAUCCCCGGCCUUACCUACUUAUUAUACCCUGUCUUCCACUUUCUGCAAAGUAAGCUAAUAUUGAGUGUUGUCUAUAAACUAUUUUUAACUUAUCUAAAGGAUAAUGUAGCAGAAAAUAAAGUUUACUUUUCAUUUCAUUGUUGAUGGAAUCAGGGGUGUAUUGUGAUUACUGGACAUUUUGAAUAUCUUUUAGAAGUUAUGUUGUAUCUAUAUUUAUCAGUAUUAUUUGGAAGAUAUAGGGCCGGGGAUUUAGCUCAGUGGCACCCUGCCUGCGUGACAAGCACAAGGUCUUGAGUUUGAUCCCCGGCACCAAAAAAAAAAAAAAAGGAAAAUACAGAGAAAAGUCACUAGUAUAGAUUUUGUUUUUCACUUAUGAAUUAAACUUAAUAGGCACAUCUAUAGUGGUACUCUUCCUAGACACUCAUGCAUGGAUGAAUGUAUGUAUUUGUAUUUGCUGAUUAAGGAAACUUGUAUUCUUUUUCCAGCUGUGCUAUCAAAUGGAUGGUGUUCUUACUCUGCUGCCCACACACUGUUAGAGCUCACCUGUUUUGUAUUCACUAAGACAAAGAAGAGGGCCAAAAAGUAUUUUGCUCUAGGUCGUAACCAACCUUUGAAAAAGGAGAAACCAAAAUGGAAAAGCGAUUAUCCGAUGACAGAUGGACAGCUGCGCAGCAAGAGGGAUGAAUUUUGGGACACUGCACCAGCUUUUGAAGGCCGUAAAGAGAUUUGGGAUGCCUUGAAGGCUGCUGCACAUGCUUUUGAGAGCAAUGAUCAUGAACUGGCACAAGCAAUCAUUGAUGGUGCAAAUAUAACAUUACCACAUGGUGCACUUACAGAGUGCUAUGAUGAACUGGGGAAUAGAUAUCAGCUUCCAGUCUAUUGCUUGGCACCACCAAUCAACAUGAUAGAGGAAAAGAGUGACAUAGAGACUCUGGAUAUUCCUGAGCCACCACCCAAUUCUGGAUAUGAAUCUCAGCUCCGUUUGCGCCUUUCUACAGGCAAAGACCUCAAACUUGUGGUACGCAGCACAGACACAGUGUUCCACAUGAAGAGACGGUUACAUGCAGCAGAAGGAGUGGAACCUAGUAGUCAGCGGUGGUUCUUCUCUGGCAGACCUCUCACUGACAAAAUGAAGCUGGAGGAGCUGAAGAUCCCAAAGGACUAUGUUGUACAGGUGAUAGUGAGCCAGCCUUUGCAGAACCCAACACCAGUUGAGAACUGAAUUGGUCCUAUUGGCUGGUUCCAACGUUGCUCUACUCCCUUUUUAUUGUUGUCAUUUCCUACUCUAUGGGGUGAAAUUUAUUUUCACUGCUCUAAAUUCCCUAUGAAUGGAUUUAGUUCUGAGGAAUUACCAGUGAAAAAUUCCAUCUGUGAUGGAGACCAACAAAAAUAAUAAAACACAAAGAGCCAGCCUUUGAGACUCAUGUAAUUACAGUUUCUAAUUUGAGGCAGUUAAGAAGUAGAUAACCAUGUAUUUUAGAAUACUCAACUACAUAAUAGCUGUAUUUAAAUGAUUUGGAGUGUAAAUGAAACAUUGUACUCAUGAAAAACAGUACAAAGCACCUUUUGGAUACAGAGGUUUUUAAAAAAUAUAUAUUUCAAAUUAUAUAAUUUCCAGAAACAGUGACAGUUAUAAAACUUCUUUUUUAUGGAAUCUGGAAUGAGCAGUAUUUGAGGUUUGCUUCUAUUCUGGUUUUUUAUUUACAGCUCAUUUCUUAUUUACUCCUAAAGAGUAAAGACUGGCAAAUUGUGUUUUAGUGUCACUUUCCCCAUCCUUACACAUCGAGCUUAUUUACAGUCACACUAAAUUUUGGUGCCUUCCGCAUGUUAGUGGCAGGCACCCGUCUGGAACACUAGGCAAUAAUUUACUCAAUGCAGUCAGAUUUCUGAUUUUCAACUGAUAGGCAGUUGAAAAUGCUCUUGUCCUUUUGCUGCAUAAAUGUUUUGAAAUGUAUAGAGAAGCAGUUUUCAUUAUUCAGGCUUAGAAAGUCACCACUAUAUAUAUGCCUUUAUUGAUUUAUCUACUCUGCUUGGACCUUUUCAUAGCUAGCCAGGAAACACAGGAAUCUAGGACAGCUGUUGCCACUACAAGAUCACAAAAUGAUUCUCUUCUCUACUUUGCAGGAGUGGUAUAAGGAAGACCAUUCUUUCUGUGCCUGUGAGAACUGUGCCUAUUUUCAGUUUUCUAGAGAAAAUUUCAACUCAAAAUUUAUAAGUGUGAAAGGUUUACUGGUGUCACUUACUUAUAGUCAGAGUGGGUGACAAUUUUCCUCCCUCAUCUUUCAUAGCAAAGAGGCAGAUUAAGGAUCAUCUGCACAUUAGAUUAGGGGAUUAAAAAUCUGGUGAGAUAACCUGAUUCUUCUAUACUAUGACUGGAGUGAAGCUGCCAGGGAGGGACUAGGUUUAAUUUGGAGCCUCUUAAGGGUUGGGUCCAUAAGUGAGAAGGGGGCUAACAGGACCACAUUGUACCCCUGAUAAUUCAGGAGAUUGAAAAUAGAGGCAAUAAGGCACUUAAUGAAUGCUAUUUUCAGUUGGGAAAUAUCAGACUUCCACAACUAUUUGGAUAUGAAUCACCAUUAUUAAUUUUAAUGACAAAAUGAAACUGCUAAUUAGUUUAAAUGUAACAUUUAAAAUGGUAUUAAAUUUCCAAUAGCCUGAUUAAAUAUAUCUGUAACUGUAACUUAUAUUUCUAAGAGCUUUAACUACUUUCCUAAUUUUAUUCAAUCAUUUUAAAGAUUAUAGCUACAUCUAAUUUAGGUUUUCUGAUUGAUUGAAUUGAAAUUCAAGACAGUAGCAUUAAUUCCAAAGGAGAAUUUUUAUACUUAGAAGUGGAAAUAUGAAGGUAUUUCAGUAUGUUGCCCUGUCCUCAAAAAGUUUUGUUCAGGGCCAGGGAUUUAGCUCAGUGGUUUCACCGCCUGCUGCACAGGCACAAGGACCCGAGUUUGAUCCCCGGUACCAAAAAAAAAAAGUUUUAUUCAUUUGUGUGCCACAUCGAAUAGCAGUAUCUCUCAAAGUUCAUCAACUGGAAAAAAGUGAUCAAAAUAUUUUUCUUCAAGAAAUUUGAUGAUGUCAUCAAUAAUACAUGGUUUAUAAAAGGUGUUGUUUGUUUGUUUGUUGAGAACUUGACCUCUCUUUCAGAGUUCAUUUUAUUUUAAAGGAACAUGUACUCCCAACGAUUCUCUGGGUAUGUUUAACCGAGGUGACAAACCAUGGUCCUGUUUAAUUGUCAAUAGACUGGUUUAAGAUUGGACCAAUACUUGAUUGUAUAAUUUCAGUGUGUAGAGGUUUUUUUUUAAAAUUUGAUUUUUCUCUG